AUGGAGACGUCGGAGCACCGUGAGCUUCGCCGUGUGGCUUUCUUCGCCAUUGUUGUCAGCACCUUCGCUGUCAUUGCUGCCGUCGUUACACUUCCAAUGUUGUAUAGCUAUGUAGCUAACUUCCAAUCCCAUCUCAUCAUUGAAACUGAUUUCUGCAAGACAAGAGCUCGUGAUAUGUGGGCAGAAAUUCAUCAUAUUGAUGCUCCAUCCUUCCAACGUGCUAAGAGACAGUACGGAAGCUCUCCACAGCCAGCUGCCUACCCAUCAUCAGGAGGAGCCGGAGGUUACGGAGUUGCUCCAGUCGCUAACAGCGAUGCUGCUCCAACUUGCUGCGGUUGUCAACAAGGACCUGCUGGACCUCCAGGACCUCCAGGAGACAACGGAGAUGAUGGACUUGAUGGUCUUCCAGGAAAUGAUGGAAGCAGCGGAAGAGAUGGAAGCCUGCUCGAAUCUGCUAUCCAGAACGAGCCAUGCAUCAUUUGCCCACCUGGACCACCAGGACCUCAGGGUAUGGGAGGAGCCAAGGGACCACAGGGACCAAAGGGAGCUGCCGGAGAAGGAGGAAGAGACGGAAAGCCAGGAGAGAAUGGUAUGCAAGGACCACCAGGAACAAUGGGUAUGCCAGGAAGACAGGGAGUCAGCGGUCCACGAGGAGCUCCAGGAAGAGUCAUCCAAGUUAACGGACCAGCUGGACCAGCUGGAAGACCAGGACCACGUGGAUCUCCAGGACCACGCGGAGAAGCUGGACUUGACGGAGGAAGCCAAGAGGGACCAGCCGGACCUCAAGGAGAUGCUGGAAGACCAGGACCACAAGGAGCUCCAGGACCACAAGGCCCAGAAGGACCACGUGGACCAACCGGAGAACCAGGAUCUUGCGAACACUGCCCAAUCCCACGUACUCCACCCGGUUAUUAG